AUGGCUGACAACUUUGCGCCCCGCGUCUUCGGCGACGCCCCUGCCGCCGCCUCUGGCACCGACCAUAAGGACGGCUUCCUGCCGGCCGCCUCUGACAAUGACAGCGAAGUCGGCCGCAUUGAGCAGAAGCGCGAGGCUAAGCGCCAGAUUGGCAUCAUCAGCGCCAGUUUCCUCAUCUUCAACCGCAUCGUUGGUACUGGUAUCUUCGCCACGCCUUCCAGCAUUCUGCGCUCCUCUGGUUCCGUCGGUCUGGCCCUCUUCAUGUGGGUCGCCGGUAUGAUCAUUGCCUUUGCUGGUACCGCCGUCUACAUGGAGUUCGGCACCGCCAUCCCUAAGAACGGUGGUGAGAAGAACUACCUCGAGUACGUCUACCGCAAGCCCAAGUUCCUGACCACCGGUCUGUACGCCGGCUACGUCGUCCUCCUCGGUUGGGCUGCCGGUAACUCGGUUGUCUUCGGCGAAUACAUCCUUCACGCCGCCAACGUUGAGAUCACUCGCUUCAACCAGCGUGGUGUCGGUCUCGCUUGCAUCACCACGGCCUUCAUCAUCCACGGUACCGCCCUCAAGUGGGGUCUGCGCCUGCAGAACCUCCUCGGUUGGAUCAAGCUCACCAUUGUCUUCCUCAUGAUCAUUGCUGGCUUCAUUGCCCUCGGCGGUCACCUCAAGAUCGACAACGACUUCAACAACUUCGACAAUGCCUUCGAGGGCACCACCGGCAGCGCCUACGGUGUCGUCACCUCCAUCUACAACGUUAUCUGGUCCUACGUUGGUUAUAGCAACGCCAAUUACGCCCUCAGCGAGACGAAGAACCCGGUCCGCACCCUGAAGUUUGCUGCUCCCAUCGCCAUCGGUGCCAUCUCGGUCCUUUACAUGUUCAUCAACAUUGCCUACUUCGCUGCCGUUCCCAAGGAGGAGAUCCUGACCUCUGGCCGUCUCGUCGCCGCUUCGCUGUUCCGUAACGUUUUUGGUGGCACCGCCGAGCGCGCCCUCUCCGUCUUCGUUGCCCUUUCCGCCUUUGGAAACGUUCUCUCCGUCAUUUUCUCCCAGGGUCGUCUUGUCCAGGAGCUCGGCCGCGAGGGUAUCCUGCCCUUCUCUCGCUUCUGGGCCAGCAACAAGCCCUUCAACGCACCUCUCGCUGGCCUGUUCGAGCACUGGCUCAUCUGCAUCAUCGUCAUGCUGGCGCCCCCUCCUGGCGAUGCCUACAACUUCCUCCUCAACCUCAUUUCGUACCCUCUUGCCAUCAUCAACGUCUUCGUCGCCGGUGGUCUCGUUCACCUUUACCUCAACCGCUCCGCGUGGAACUGGAACCCUCCCUUCAGCGCUUCGCUCCCCGUCGUCAUCUUCUUCCUGCUCAGCAACAUCUACCUCGUCGUUGCUCCCUUCGUUCCUCCCCCUACGCCCGAGCAGAACCAGUACGAGAACCUCCCCUACUGGAUCCACUGCGUGACCGGCUUCGCCGUCCUCUUCGCUGGUGGCAUCUACUGGGCCGUUUGGGCCAAGAUCCUGCCCCGCAUCGGCAAGUACGAGCUUGUUCGUGAGACCGUCAUCGAUGAUAUCGAUGGUUGGGAGCGCAACGUCUUCUUCAAGCGCCCCAUCGGCACCACCGCCGCGCUCGAGCAGGAGGCUGCUCAGUCUGGCGCCGCCCACAACAGGGCCUUUUAG